GCCGCUUCGGGUUUUAUUUUAUUUUUCUCUUCUUGUUGAUUAAAAGUCCGAGUCUGAUUCUGUUCCUAUGUUUUGCCAUUUAUGUUUACAUCCACUACCGGACGCGAUAAAAAAAAAAAAAGGUGGAGGGAGAAAUAAAGACGGAAAGUGAUGAGGGCUGCAGAUAAACAACAAACAGCGUCACGGCUCUCUCGUCCUUGUCACUGCAUCUCUGCAGGCGUCAGACUGCAGUGAUGGACUGUGCUGUUCCCGUUCCGGAGGUCGAGUCGAGAAGCAUCACCAAAAUACCGGAGCGGUUACGUUACCGAGCGGCGAUAAGACGCAGGAGAUGCUUGAUAAGAGCCUCAUAUAAGCUCAGAUAGGGAACCAGGCGGAGGGUUCGUGAAGGAAAUCUCAUGAGCACCAGAGAAGGAGCCACACCAGCGGGUGACGUUAAAUAAAUACACGGGAGUAGGUCUGGCUUUAUGGGGAGGAUAUCAUGAAGAAGUCUGAGGAUCCUUCCCCCAAAAGUUUGUGCAUCUAACACCCGAUCUCCUCAAUUCUGUUCACCUCUGACAACACAUAGGAGUGACCCUGCCGUUUGCACUGAUGGGUCUGAGUCUGUCACGUUGGUUUUGCAGCAGGACAGCCGACAGGCCUCCCUUUUCGUCAUCAGCGUUCCUCCCACUGGCCGUCCCAACCUCCUCUCGCCUUGCAGUUACGCUGAACUCCCCUCCAGUUUCCCCAGGAGACAGUCGUUCACACUGGAGUACAGUCCACCGUUCUCUUCACUUCCUGUUGUCCCCCUGCAAACAGGAAGCGACCCGCUCACCCACUGAGCUUAGCAGCGAUGGCGUGAGGGCGGAGAUAGGAGUGAAGAGUGGACUGCAUGUCUGGGAGGUGGUGUGGAGGCCCGAACACAGAGGGACUCAUGCCGUCGUGGGCAUUUCAAGGCAGGACUGUCCCCUGCAGUCUUCAGGGUACAAUGUGCUGGUAGGGGCAGAUUCACAGUCCUGGGGAUGGGAGCUCAAAACCAAUCAGCUCUGGCAUGGUGGGCAAACUCUGAAGCUUUACCCAGAAAAUGGGAGUAAGAGGAGUCACUCUGAGGCGGCAGCUGAUUCAAAGUCACAGUCCUCUUCAUCAAGUGCAAAGACGGCACAAACACCUCUCCUCAUUCCUGAGCGUGUCCUGCUGGUUCUGGAUGCCGAUGCUGGGACUCUGGGUUUUGUUGUCAAUGGCAGCUUCCUUGGCGUAGCUUUUAAGGACCUCCCUCGAGAUGUGGAGCUGUUCCCAGCAGUGAGCAGUGUGAGAGGAGGAGCCUGCAUUCGACUGCGCUACAUGAAUGGUUCUACACGAGAUCCUCCAUCCCUCAUGGCUUUAUGUGGACUGUCGAUUCGUCAGAAUUUAGGACAGAAAAGGUUAAAACAUAUGGACAAAUUGCCUCUACCCCCUUUUCUCCAGCGCUGCCUGGCUUCCAGUCAUUAAUCUUCCACGCAAACUGACAAGAUGGAUAUUUUUAUCAGUUACUGCAGUUUACCAAGGAUCCAUUCCCUUUUCUAUGAAAUACUGAUGUAAAUUCUGUAAAUUUUACAUUAUAUGCACUAGUAUAAUUAUUUUUAUCUUAUUUAUUACAAAUGUAUAUGUUUAUAGAUGUUUUGUAUUAUUUUUAAAAGAAAUUUGGGGGAUUUAGAGGCAGUUCUGUGUGGUACAGGUCUGGUUUCUUCUUUUGCGUAUCUAACAAAUGAGGUGUUUCAAGUGAUUUUCAUUCUUUUCCUGUCCUUUCACAAACCACAAUGUUUGGUUUUGACAAUAAAGCUCAGAUCCAAUAAGGAACAUAACAUUAUUUUUAUGGAAAUACUGAUGUAAUGUUUUUAACCAGCAUAACAAGCCAAGUACAGUGGCAAGAUAGAUAUAUACUUUGUUUACGUGACUGAAAGCCUGUCUCAUAUACAGGUGUACUCAUAUUAUUCCUUUAUACUGUAACAUGCCCAUACUUCCACACAUUUGUUUGUAGUUGUAAUUUAGGUUAUAUUGUGACAUUAGCAAUAAUACACCCUCUUUAAUUCUAAGGUUUUAUCAAUCAGGACAUAUCAGGUUCUAAUAUUAUUUAAAUACGACCUUUAAAAACAACAGCACAUAAGAUUUUAUAACAUGUCAUUACGUAACAAAAACUAGACCACAGUGCAGAAGCAGUGUAUGAAAAACUAAGCCUAAGCCUAACUAAACCACCUUUAGCAGCAAUAACUUGAAGUAAUGGUUUUCUAUAUUACUUCAUCAGUCUCUCGCAUCAUUCUGGAGGAGUUUGGGAACUUACAGCGUUGCAUCACAGCUCAGCUCCCCUAAGGUCCCAGCACAGAAUUUGAAUCAGGUUUCUAAUUGUGCUGUCAUAAACAUUACCAUUUAACAUGGUGAGGCAUGUAGAGUUUGAAAGGUAGCUCUUGGGUUUUUUGAUCUGAUCUUGGGGUUAAUUUCCUGAGAAAUCAAGUCCUGUGAAGAUUGGCAACUACUUUCAGUGUUUUCCAUUUGUGAAUAAUCUUCCUCACUAUAGAAUAAUGGAGUUUAGAUUGUUUGGAAAUGACUUUAUAAACCACCCCACAUUGAUGGGCAGCACCAGUUGCUUCUUUAAGAUGAUUGCUGAUGUUUUUCCUCCUUGAUAUUGUGUUAACACACACUGUAAUGCUCGAGGCCAACAAACUGUCAAAAAUGAAGCUUUUAUAGAGGUUCUCACACUUACUGAUGAUUAGUUAAUCAGUCACCUGGCUGCUUUGUACUUAUUUUUUCACACACUUCUUUAUUUUGGCUUCGUUUUUGUUGAAUAAAUAAU